GCAUUUGGAACGAAAACAAAUGGCGUAAACAACGGCGAACACGCUACUCUUUCGGGUUGUGCAAUUUCGGUAAAGAAUACUUGGCUUAGGGCGAGUGUUUUGUAAUAUUUUUCAACAAAUCCGGUUUUUCACUUAUUUGCAAAACUAUUGAACGUGUAGAUUUGAGUAGUUUGUUUCAGUAUUGUCGAUAUUCGAAGGAAUUAUCCGCGAAAGUUCAUUCAACUUCAACAGUGUAUGUGAUACGGUUGUGCGGGUGGUCGAUGGAAGUUAUGAAGGGGCUGCAUAGUGUAAUGCGUUGGAAGGAUACGCUUCCGGAUGACGAUAUAGUAUCGGAGCUCGCGAAUCGAUGAGGGUGGCAGCGAAGGGUGUGAUUUUGUGUUUGUGAAUGCUAUAGGUUUAUACGUUGAGCCAUUCUCUGUGCAUUUCAAACAUACAUGUCAGUAAAGUGGAGUUUAUUAAAAGUAAAUUAUAAAUUUUCAUGUUUAUCAAAAACAUUUCUGAAUGAAUUAUUUCAAUGAGACAAAAGAUGGAAAUGCCAAAUUCUUACAUCGAAGAAUAUAUUGUGCUCAUGUAUUGGUGGUAGAUGCGAAUGAAACCUAUCAAAACAUUCCUUCGGAUAUACUGAAACUACAUGAACUAACAUUACCGGACGGUGUUCAGCUGUAUUUGAAAUACCUACCUCGACGGACAACAUAUAUACUUUUGCAAUAAUUAGGAAGGACAUGGAAAUUUGCGUGCUUUCAAGCAGUUAGUGCCGGAUCAAGGUGUGUGUUCCACAUAAAGGGUAUUCCCUUUUCCUUAACAACGCGUGUCAUCGAUUCAUGUGUAGUGUGUACUCACGUACUACAUGACGACAAUACUGCCGAAAAAGUGUUUAUCAGCCUAAUUAACUGCCUUAGUGAUAAUGAUAUUGUUAACAAACUACGCAAACACAGGAUGCAGUGUCGUAAUUUCAACAGAAUAGUGUAAUUUAGCCGGAAUGAACAAAUGGACAAAGAUUCGGUGACAGUGAUUGUGGGACAGUGCAGUGAGUGGAAGCUAUGUUUGAACAAAAAAGAAGAAAUGUGGCCUGGCUGUGAAAAAGGUGGAUCUACUGCCAGGGUUGAUGCUGCUAGCCAUAGCCAACAGGAGACUUUGGCUGAUAUUGAACACAUUUCGACAAUUGCCGGAUCCCUCGGCAGCAUUGGGACGAUCUCUCAAGGUCCUGAUGGGGAUCCCGUUUAUGAAACUGAUCAUACUGAUCUUAACUCUGAGUACGACGAAGCGGAACUGCGCAAGGAACUUAUGAAAGAUAAAUGGCGUCAACUUUUCGAUGCGUUCGAUCCAGAAGGCUUCGGUGAGAUUCCGAUUGAUGACUUUAUCGAAGCCCUCAAAUCGCCGGAGUUCUUGGCAAAUGUACCGCCCAAUAAGCGGGACAUUCUUUACGAUCGUGCCUUGAAGGCUAAAACCUCAAAGGCGGAAUCAAUCUCGUUCCAGGAUUUCGUGAACGUGAUGAGCGGCAAGCGGUCGCGUAGCUUCAAGUGUGCAGUCCAUCAUCGCGAUCGUGAGGUUUGUUCGGAGAACGAUUUUCAUCUGAUAUUUGAAGAUCCACCAUUAUUCAAGAGAAUGGUGCACGUAAUAGCAAUGGAAGUGCUCCCCGAAGAGCGGGAUCGAAAAUACUAUGCAGACAAUUAUUCAUGCUGUCCGCCUCCAUUAUUUGUGAUAUUAGUUACAUUAGUUGAGUUGGGUUUCUUCACGUACCACACGCUUACCUCGGGUCAGGCGGAUCCGGCCGGUCCGGUUCCCAUCGAUUCGAUGUUCAUCUACCGGCCCGACAAGCGGCACGAAGUGUGGCGGUUUCUGUUCUACAUGGUUCUACAUGCCGGAUGGUUCCAUCUGGGGUUCAACCUAGUCGUGCAACUCCUAGUUGGGUUACCAUUGGAGAUGGUACACGGAUCAACUAGGAUAGGUUGCGUCUACCUGGCGGGAGUGCUUGCCGGUUCGCUAGGAACCAGCGUGUUCGAUCCCGAAGUCUACCUCGUCGGUGCCAGCGGGGGCGUGUACGCUCUGCUGGCCGCCCACUUAGCGAACGUUAUGCUCAACUACCGCAACAUGCAGUACGGCAUCAUUCGGCUACUGGCGAUAUUCCUAUUCGCAUCCUGCGAUGUCGGUUUCGCGAUCUACUCCCGGUACGCGGUGGAGCCGGAAAGCGGAGCGCCCUCGGUUUCGUACGUGGCCCAUCUAACCGGCGCCCUGGCCGGCCUUACGAUAGGUCUGCUGGUGCUGAAAAACUUCGAGCAGAAACUGCACGAGCAACUGCUCUGGUGGGUGGCGCUCGGAGUGUACGCCGCCUGUACCAUCUUUGCCGUCGUGUUCAACCUGCUCAACACCGUCACCGUGCAGAGGCUAGAGGAGGAAGGCGAACAGGUACUGAAACAGCGUCUUUUCAACAACUUUGGAUUUUAGGCGAGCCGCUGGCCGACACACAAAUUGGCCGCGUCGUCACACUCCAAAGGCGUCGUUCGAAUGCGUUCUGAACGUAUUGGCUCUUUUGGUCGAGCUACGGCCAAGUUCGCCUCAAGGCGAAGGAGCUACGAGCCACGCUAAGAGUCUAAAAAUUUCAAAGAAAGGGGCGAAAAGUGCAUAAAUUCGGUACGGUAGAGGCUGUGGGCACAUGGAAUUGAACUACUUAGAGCCUCGAAAAACAAAAGUUGUGAUUUGUGUAUAGACUUAUUUUGUAUUCAUUAUGUUUAUAUCUUUGGGGAAUUUGAUAAGAGCAUUAAAGUCUUGAACCAGUAUGAAUUGAUAAGUGAAGAUAAAAAAAAUAUGGCAAGCUCAGUGACCUCGGCAAACUGAUCAUGGGCAAGAAGGCGGAAUUGAUGAUCAGUUUUAGAUUUAUGUGAUUUUUGUAAAGAUUGAUAAGUGGAAACAAUGCGGAAGGUAAGCUCGACAAUCGAUCUGGCUGCGUACCCGUAAACGCACCAGCCACUUUGAUUGUAACCAAAGAGCGAUCCGUUUCGGUCCAAGAUACCAAAGACUGCAAAUGACAUUAUUUCCCCGGAAACGCGAUGAUCAUAGUUAGCGAAUGUCGACUAAUCGAAGGAGUCGUUAAUCUCCUACCCAAGUCCAAGUACACUUUUUGUGUAAAUACGUGAACACUUUUAUAGAAACUAAAACCAAUCCGAGUCGAUUCCAAAAUCACUUUUUCGAAUUUCUCAGCGACAUUUUCGGAAAUGUAUAAAUUAAAAGCACUGUACAUUCACUCAUUAUAAUCUCAAUGCAAGUAGGUAGGAAUACCUAACGUUCCAAAAAACAUGCAAAAAUACGAGUAAACAAUUUAGUUAGGCUCUUUCAAAUGAAAUACACUGAAGAAAAGAGAACAUCCUAUUAAUACUGCAUAUUACUACACUGCUAAAAGAGGAAAUCAAUAAUUCUAGUCAAUUUCUUUGAAACUAUUAUAAUUAUUAUUAUUAUUAAUAUUAUAAUUAUCAUGAACAAAUUCGAACCUUUCGAAGAGAGAAGUAAACAUAAAGUAUUGUAGCGAAAAAUACACACACUCAACUUAUUCAAGUCAUUAAUCACAAAGAAAUUUAGUGUUUAUUUAUUAUUUUUGCUCUAAUCCAGCAAUCAAACAAGUAUACAGUUGCCGUCAAAACAGUAAAUACGUCCCCCCUCGGUGCGGAAGCACCAAGUUCCACCCGCAUUGAACUGUUAUCGAAACCGAUUCUGUUGAGCACAAUUCUUAUUGUUUUUGUGACGUAAAGUAAUAUAAUUUUUGUUUUAUUAAACACUAGGAAAAGCCAAAGAAGAUUUAUUUAUUUUUUUAUAUCGUAAAUUAUUUCAAGACUACACACAGCCUAGAAAAAAAUCAGGUCGAACGAAUCUUUCCAUGGGAAAUGUUUGCGUACCCUCCAGUAAUAGGUAAUAAAACGGAAGUAAAAGAGUGAAUCAAAUGCCUUACCAAAUAGAAAUAAACCAAAAAGUAACCUUCCAGUCCACCCUCUCUCUUGAAAUUCAUACUGUUCGUGUAAAAGUACAAACCGAUUUGGAUCUGCCGUGCUAUUUGUGAAAAAAUAUACACUGCCAGUAAAAAAACACACACACACAUACACACCAAUGAAAUUUAA